UUUUUUUCUUUUUUUUUUUAUUAUUGUUAUUUCUUAUCAAAUGAAUACUACUUUAUUCGUUUCAGGGUUUCAUGCCAAGACACGAGCAAAGAAUCUCGCAUAUGAAUUUGAAAGAUAUGGACGUCUUGUUCGUCUAGAUAUACCCGCACCAAAGAGUCUUAAUUCAAAGCCUUAUGCUUUUGUUCAGUUUGAAGAAAAACAAGACGCUGAAGAUGCAAUUGAAGAAAUGAAUGGUAGACAUAUGGAUGGAUAUAUAUUACAUAUUGAAUGGGCUAAAACACCUUUAGAGAAUAGACGUCCAUUUCAUUAUCAAAAACAGCGUAGUAAUCGUAGCAGAUCUCGGAGCCCAUAUCGUCGUGAACAAUCCAUAUCACCUUCAAAAUAUAAUAAUGAUGAUUCAAAUCUACCUCCUCCUAGACGACUACGUUCAAGAUCUCGUUCUCCAAUAAAUUAUCAAAGACGUCGUUCUUUAUCACGCAGUCCAUUUUAAUAAAGAUAAAAUUAUACAGAGAAACC